AUGCCAUUCGCCAUUAACAACCAGGAGAGGAUGGAGCUCCCAGAUGGAGCAUUCUGCAUUGUGACAAUUCACAAUGAUGAAGAAAUGGGAGUGAGAGAGACCUGGCGGAGCUGGGUCAAGAGACAAGGCAGAGAGCUGGGACAGCUCUGUGGGCGUCUCGUCUGUUGCCUUGAAACGGGCGCUGGUCGCUAUCAUGUGUAUCUUUAUCCACCUCUUGCUCGCGAUUGCGUAGAAUUAGCUCCGGCCUCGAAGUUCAACUAUGUCCAAGGUCAAUGCCUACGAAUUGGCCACGUCGCGAUACGACCCGAGAAGACCGCAGUCUCUAUGCAAUCUUCCCUACGCGUGGCCCUUCAUCCUCUCAUCCUCCGUGCUCUACGAACAAUAGUACCCUCGAACACUCCUGUUCCUUCCUGUCGUCACCAAGCGACAUAUCGUGCGCGCUGCGAUGACCUCUCGUGUUUAACGGCCUUCCGCGACCAUCCGUUCCUCGCCGACUGUCACUAG